UUUAGCAGCACAUGCGGGGGGGAAAUAUUCCCCUUUCUCUUUGUUGACUUUCUCCCUACCAUUGCUACAGACACAAGAGGGAGGAAAGCUGCGGCUUCCGAGGGUGAUGAGGUGGUGACUGACUAGAGGAAGCAGAACGACCAUCCCAGAGCAUAGCCUCUCUCGUCCGCAGGUCAUUCCAAGGUCCCUCUCACCAGAGAGCUCCUGCCUAAAUAUAACCCCACUCACCCUUCGCACUCGCCCUGCAGGAGGGGCUAUAAUUAACCAAGUGUGCUGUCCAAAAAUAAGAGUGUUGGAAGUGACCCCCCAGUGGAUGCUGCAGAGGUCAGUCAUGAAAACAGCCAAUGAGCAGCAAAGCCCCAAUGGCAACAAAGCCCCAGCCCAGGGAGGAGAGACACCAGGAAGAGAUCGUUGCUCCAUUGUGGUCACCGGCGGAAGAGACAGCCGGACAGGCGCUCAGAGGUGGCUCGAAGGAGGAGCUGCUGACACCCAAGGGAGCUGACAACACCUGGGAUGCUGGCCAGGAUGUGAAGUGUUUUGAUGCCAGGACCUCCGAACGCAGACAGGGGCAAGCCCGCCUUGCACCCAUGGGCGACUGGCACCUGCUUGGGAGGCUGCUGGAGAGCGCACAGGAGCACUCCACAGUGGUGGGCAAAGUCUGGCUCACUGUCCUCUUCAUCUUCCGCAUCCUCGUCCUGGGGGCGGCAGCAGAGAAGGUGUGGGGGGACGAGCAGUCCAACUUCUCCUGCGACACCAAGCAGCCCGGCUGCCAGAGCGUCUGCUACGACCAGACCUUCCCCAUCUCCCACAUCCGCUUCUGGGUGCUGCAGAUCAUCUUCGUCUCCACGCCCAGCCUCAUCUACCUGGGCCACAUCCUGCACUUGGUGCGCAUGGAAGAGAAAGAGCUGGGGGCCUCCCCGGGGGUUCAGGUGGAGGUCAGCAGCAGCCCAGCAGCUCAGCCCAGGCCUGGCACAGCCCCUGUGCGGGACGCCUGCGGAAGGAUCCGCCUGCAAGGGGCCAUCUUGCGAACAUACUUCUGCAAUGUUGUCUUCAAGGCUCUCUUUGAGGUGGGCUUCAUCCUGGGCCAGUACGUGCUGUAUGGCUUUGAGUUGAAGCCCCUCUACACCUGCAGCCGCUGGCCCUGCCCCAACACGGUCAACUGCUACAUCUCCCGGCCCACCGAGAAAACCAUCUUCAUCCUCUUCAUGCUGGCCGUCGCCUGCCUCUCCCUCCUGCUCAACAUGGUGGAGCUGUACCACGUGGCCACCACUAAGUGCAGGCAAGGCCCUGAGCCCAAGCUCAGCCCAGAAGGGCAGCCGGAAGGAGAGCCUGCCAGCCACCGCCACCGCCUGCUUCACUGCCCCAGUGCUACGCCUCCCAGCAGCCCCUCUCUGCAGCCUGCAGAGAAAGCCAGUCCACGGACGGAGGGAGUGAGCGAGAGCCCCGCUUGGGGCGGAGGGCAGAAGCGAGGAAGCAAGUCCAGCAAAUCAAGCAAUAAGUGGAGGUCCAGUGACCUGGCUGUUUAGCCAAGGGACUUUGCUAACCUCACACUGGAUAGCAAGACCCAAGUGUUCCCACGGGCAUUAGAUGCACCACCAAGUCGAAAUCCCUACCCCAAUGCCUGAUCAGACAGAGAAUUCCUGGGCUGGAGGAAAGGUAGCCUGUACCUGCUCAGGAAUUAGGAAGCCUCAGGCCUCUCUCCUUUACCUCCCAAGCCUGCCCUUUCAUCAGAGAGCAACUUUGCUACGCUAGGAGAAGCAGCAGAGACUUCACAGCUCCCUUUCCAAUGAAGAAGGGGGACUCUGAGGGAGAGUCCCAGGCUGGUCCUAAGUCUCGAGACCCUCUUCUUCUAGGCAUCAGCCCCAAAUGCCUGAAGCAGAGACUUCAGCCACUUUUGGGAGCAGCUGCUGCAAAGCCACAAGCAGAGAAGAGCACUGGGCAUGUGGACAAUGGCCAGGCACUUUGGAAGAUUCUCUUGGUGUCUGCUGCCCCUUAGUGGCCAGGAAGUGGAAAGAGCACGCUUCAAGGCAGGCUCAGUCGGAGCAGAGAGCGGAUGCAAUGGGACCCACAGCAGCCAAGUCAGGGAAGGGGGUGGAGGUCUUCCCCUGGGGGCAUAAAAGUUGGUAAGGCAUGCUGGCUGCCACAUGCACACCCACCAA